AUGCGUCCCUCAGCAGUGCUCUCCCUCGCCAGCGUCGCUUUACUUGCUCCGCCCGCCGACGCCGCCCGGAUCGAUCCUUAUCACAACGACCGCAAUGCACCCGCCUCGCUGUUUCCUCUAUUGACCUGGUUACGCGACAGCGCCAUUGAAUUGGUUUUUGGACCCGCGCCCGGCGCCAAAUCUGCUGCUUCUCACUCUGCCCACAAGGGGAACAAAGCAACCUUGCGCACAAAGUACAAUGACCAAGUCGUUUUGCGCUUCAACUUGACAACUCCCGACCAAGAGACCGCCUUCGCCGAGUCCGCCGCUCGAUUGUUCCUCGACGUAUGGGCAUUCAACCGCGAAUACGUCGACGUCCGCCUGCGAAACGACGACAUCCCCUCUUUGCUUGGUCUCUUGCCAUCCUCCUUGAGGUCUGCUUACUCCACCCUCAUACCCGAUCUUGCCGCCUCUGUAUUCGAUACCUACCCAGCCGCCCCCGUCCAUGUUCAACGACUGGAAGACCGUCGCUCAGUCCAGCUAUCGCAUCAUGGGGGGGACAAUGUCUUCUUCCAAGAAUACCAACCGCUGUCUGUCAUCGUACCGUGGAUGCGCUUGACGGAGGCCAUGUUCAGCCCCAUCACCGAGUUGAUCAGCAUCGGCAAGUCCUUCGAAGGCCGGGACAUCCCCGCUCUCAGGGUCGGCGUCAAAACGCAUCGAAAAUCUGCCGAAAAGAGGAAGACAGUGGUCGUGACGGGUGGCAUGCACGCCCGAGAGUGGAUAUCUACAACGACGACCAACUACGUCGCAUGGUCUUUCAUUACGUCCUUUGGGAAGGAGCCGAUGAUCACCAAGCUGCUGGAACACUUCGAUUUCGUCUUCAUUCCUGUCGUCAACCCUGACGGCGUCGAGUACACCUGGCAGGUCGACCGCCUCUGGCGCAAGUCUCGUCAGCAGACGGGCAUGCAAUGGUGUCGUGGUUUCGACCUUGAUCACGCCUUUGGUUUCGCAUGGAGCGGCUUGGACUCGGAGAACGACCCGUGCUCCGAGAGUUACGGCGGCAACGAGCCCUGGGAGGCAACCGAAGCCAUUGCUCUUGCAAAGUGGGCCAAGAACGAGUCACGGGAGAACUCUGAGUUCGUGGGCCUGAUUGACCUACACUCCUACUCCCAGCAGAUUCUAUUCCCCUUUGCCUACUCCUGUGACGUCGACCCACCCAACGUCGAGAACCUUGAGGAGCUUGCAACCGGACUUGCCAAGGCCAUUCGUCUCUCCAAUGGAGAGCAGUACUCCGUCACUUCAGCCUGCGAGGGUGCUGUUGCGUCCCGCGGCGACAAGACCACCACGCGCCGAAUCGAGACGGGCGGCGGAUCGGCCAUUGACUGGUUCUACCAUGAGCUUCAUGCUCACUACAGCUAUCAAAUCAAGCUCAGGGACACCGGCAGCUACGGUUUCCUAUUGCCCAAGGAUAACAUCAUUCCUGUUGGCGAGGAAAUAUUCAACGCAAUGAAGUACUUUGGGGACUAUCUCCUUGGGAACAAUGGUAUCGAGAAGUCUACAGGGGUCCCUGCGCAGUCGGAGGAUGACUUGGACCGUGGCGUGGAGCUCAAGCGGAUGAGACGCAGGAGAUGA